GCUCGAGACUUGCAGGCGUCCCGGCAUCUCCUCUGACCCGGCGCGAUGGGCAAGAAGGGCAAGAAAGAGAAGAAGGGCCGCGGGGCGGAGAAGACGGCCGCCAAGAUGGAGAAGAAGGUGUCCAAGCGCUCGCAGAAGGAGGAGGAGGACCUCGAAGCCCUCAUAGCCCACUUCCAGGCUCUCGAUGCCAGAAAGACUCGGAUCGUGGAGACACCCUGCUCCCCACCUUCUCCAAGGUUAAGUGCCUCACUCUGUGCUCAUCCUGAGAAAGAAGAAUUAAUCCUUUUCGGAGGUGACUGUUUCAGUGGCCAAAAAACUUUUUUAUAUAAUGAACUCUACAUCUACAACAUCAGGAAGGACGCCUGGACUAAAGUCGAAAUCCCCAACCCACCCCCGAGGCGUUGUGCUCACCAGGCUGUGAUGGUGCCCCAGGGCGGCGGACAGCUGUGGAUCUUUGGCGGGGAGUUUGCCUCUCCCGAUGGAGAGCACUUCUACCACUACAGGGACCUCUGGGUCCUGCAUUUGGCCACCAGGACGUGGGAGCAAGUCAGAUCACCAGGCGGUCCUUCAGGACGGAGUGGACAUCGGAUGGUGGCCUGGAAGAGACAGUUAAUCCUUUUUGGUGGCUUCCAUGAGAGUACAAGAGAUUACAUCUAUUACAAUGACCUGUAUGCCUUCAACCUGGACGCUUUCACGUGGAGCAGGCUGUCCCCGUCCGGGACUGGGCCCACACCCAGGCCAGGCUGCCAGAUGACCGUCACCGCCCAGGGCAGCAUCGUCAUCUACGGGGGCUACUCGAAGCAGAGAGUCAGGAAAGAUGUGGACAGAGGUACCCAGCACUCCGACAUGUUCCUGCUGAAGGCUGAGGAGGGAAGAGAAGGCAGAUGGGCCUGGACUCGGGUCAACCCUUCCGGAGCCAAGCCCACCCCAAGGUCCGGCUUCUCGGUGGCUGUGGCCCCGAACCAUCAGACGUUGCUGUUUGGGGGGGUGUGUGACGACGAGGAGGACGAGAGCCUGGAGGGCCACUUCCUCAGCGACCUGCACUUCUACGACCCCGUCAGGAACCGCUGGUUCGCGGGGCAGCUGAAGGGGCCCAAGGUGGAGAAGAGGAGGCGCAGGCGGGGCAAAAAAGGGGAGCCCAGGGGUGCCAGCAAGCAGGAACUGAAGGGGACUGGGGCCCAGGAGCCCCUGCAGGUGGUCAGAGAGCUGGUGGCAGAGGACGGGACCGUGGUCACCAUCAAGCAGGGGCUCGCUGCCCUGGGCCCGGCGGGACAGCCCGAGUCCGACGACAGCGACGAUGGCACCAACGAGGCGGGGGUCCCUGCAGUGGAGCCUAGCCCCCGCUCCAGCGCCAUGCUGGCCGUGAAGCAUGGGCGCCUCUACCUCUAUGGGGGCAUGUUUGAGGCUGGCGACCGCCAGGUCACCCUCAGCGACUUGUACUGCCUCGACCUUCACAAGAUGGAGGAGUGGACCGUCUUGGUGGAGAUGGAUCCAGAAUCUCAGGAGUGGCUGGAGGAGACGGACUCGGAGGAGGACAGCGACGAGGCCAAGGGCGCCGAGGGCGGCGGGGAGAGUGAAGAGGACGAGGACAGCGGCGAGGAGGCCAGGGAGCAACGCCCCUCGGCGGCGCCCGGUGAGCCAUUCGCAGACUCCCUGCCCAGGACCGAGCAGUAGUGGGCGAAGCUGGCGCGGACGACGCCGGGCCCCAGAGAGGAGAGUUCUGAGAGCCGCCCGGGCCGUGGCCGUGGCUUUCUCUGAUGGCUCAGCCUCAGCCGCGCAGCAGCCAGAGCUUAGACUGAGGGGGUGGGGUUCCCUGCCCUCAGUGCGCUGCGUGCGGUUUAAAAUAAACUGGACUUGGCAGGGGGCUGCUGCCGCGAAGGUGGUCUUUUGUGCAGCCUCCGGGCCCCGGUGGUUCUGGCGGGGCCUCUGGCUGGGUCGGGGCCGAGCUGAUGGUGAGGGGGAGCCGCCUACACGGCAGGCGGCACCUUGAUCGUGAAGUGGAACGCCGCGGGCUUUGCGGGGUUCCCUUCUGCAAAACUAGGAGACGGGUUCUGCCCGCCUGCACGUUCAGCCGACUCCUUCCUUUUUAAAAAUUACCGGUAGCCGCCCAGCGCCUCCUGUACGCGUUUUCUCGCUUCUCUGGAGAAUAAAGCCUGUUGUGGGCUGGUCUGCUCGCUCUGCCAUGUGGCUUUGCCUGGGGUCUCUUGGAGUGCCGUGUGCGCAGCUCCUCUGGCCGCUCCCCACCUUUGGGGAGGAGGUGGUGGAGCUGUGCUCUGCCCUCUCCCCUUCGGGCUCAAGGUCGUCAUUCGCACAGCAGCAGAAGAGGACAGGAAAGCGGAGGGCGGGCCCCUGUCCCCACACGGCCUCGCCGGCCCCUGCCGGGCACGCUCACUGGCGCCUGCUGCAGGGCUAAUGGCAGGAGGCUGCUCUUCAUUUAUGCAACUGGGGCAGAGCUUGGGCUUUGAAUUCACACCAGGUGAAUUCACCUUCAUCUAAAGGAUCAUCAGUAACAAGAAAGCAGGGUUCUUAGUUUUCAGUGACAGGCCGAACAGCCCAUCGUUACCUUGAACGGGCCAUCCUGCUCAUGACCUGGAAGUUAAAAGUGGAGAGUGGGCGCACCCACCCAGCAGAGCGGGCCCGGGCCCGGGCCCGGGAAGGCUUCCGUGGAAGGUUGAGGCCAGCUUGCCCAGAAGCAGCCCUUCACCCCAAGCAGCACUUAUCUUCUUGCCGUGCUCGGCCCCCGCACCUCUGGCCGUGUGACCUCACUCGUCAGACUUCUCCCGCCUGACUGCACGCGGAUCAGAAGUAGGAAGCUCUCUCCUCGCCUCUGCCCACCAGAGCCUCCCUCUGGUACGGGGCCUGGCAGAGCCCAUGGGGGUCCCGGUCACAGGGCUUGGGCAGGCGCUCCGGCUUCAGCAUCUUGCUUGCGGCUCCCCGUGGGUGCUGGGGCAGGCGGGCAGGGCUCAAAGCCAGGCUGGAUGCCACGGCAGGCCCGCGGGGGCCAGAGAGGCCCUCCCGGUACCUGCCUUGUGUGCUCGCGGUGCGAGGCCCAGGCGUACAGCUCCCGCUCUCUUGGCUGCUGCCUUGGGAGGAGGUGGCUGGGAGAGCGUCGGCCCCAACGCAGGCUUCUUUUCCCCGGGGCCGUUGUUAUUACAGAGGAAGGAGCCUGCAAGCAGGUGAGACUCCAAGGAAGGUAGUUUGGAAUCAAAGAAGUAGAAAAAGAUGACAACCCCCGGAAGAAACUUCUCUUUUGCUCUUUGCUCUGCUGUCCUGUCCACGGGGUUAUUGCUGAGGACGCCGUUUGAGUGACAGGAAGACAAGCACAGGCUCCACACGGGGAGCUGCCUCUGCUGUGUCACCCCCGUGAUCAGAGCGUCCCUUGGGUGGGGCAGUUGCAGGGAGAGGUGGGUGUACGGUGCAGGACUGCGGGUCCCCAGGGAGGGCAGCGGCCAGCGCACCGUUCCCCCUUCUGCCUGCCGGCAGCUGGUUUGCUGAACCGAAUGCUCCUGGCACCUGGACGGCCAGCACAGAGCCCUAGGCCUCUGUUCCCUGCAUUGCUGGA